AUGGAACGUUUGCAAUCCAACUGCCAAGCUCGGCGAACAGACCAACAAUCAGUCAUUGAUGUUUUCAAUAAACUGUCAAUGUUCGUUACAAUGCCCGUUACAACCAAGCUACUGCCCGAUGGGGUAACACUCAAAACAGUGCAAAUAACGAUUAGCGAACGCUUGCAAUCCAACUGCCAAGCUCGGCGAACAGACCAACAAUCAGUCAUUGAUGUUUUCAAUAAACUGUCAAUGUUCGUUACAAUGCCCGUUACAACCAAGCUACUGCCCGAUGGGGUAACACUCAAAACAGUGCAAAUAGCCGCGGGCCUUGUUUUUCACUGUACUACUGCGUCACUCAAAUCGAGUCCAAUAAGUUAUAGCAAUCGUUCAGCUGUAACAUCCUUUCGGUGCCUAGCUGCGACGUCAGAUGAUGGAAGCACGAGGGCUGAGAUACUGUCAGGUUGCCGAAGCUUAGACAGGACUAGUCGAUAUGUCAUGGUAUAG